AACCCGAAAACUAAUUCGCUAGGAAUAAUGGAAGCUCUGUACAGUUUACCAUUCUUUCUGUUCGAAGUGCCGAACUUGAAACUAAAGCGGCCCUCCUGGUUCCAGCAACCCUCAGCAAUGACGGUUUUCUCAUUCGUACUGCUCUCUUACUUCCUGGUCACCGGAGGUAUAAUUUACGAUGUGAUCGUUGAGCCACCGAGCGUAGGAUCGACCACAGACGAGCACGGCCAUUCACGGCCUGUAGCGUUCAUGCCGUACCGUGUGAACGGUCAGUACAUUAUGGAAGGACUGGCCAGCAGCUUCCUGUUCACGAUCGGUGGCCUUGGAUUUAUCAUUAUGGAUCAAACGCACACACCCGGCAAACCGAAGCUGAACAAAAUUCUGCUGAUCGCCAUGGGCUUCAUCUUUAUCGUCGUGUCGUUCAUUACGACGUGGAUUUUCAUGCGAAUGAAGCUGCCGGGAUACCUGCAGCCUUAGAGCCACGCUUCUACACCAUUUUACGGCUUCGAGUAAUAGGCGUUUAAGCGUACCUCUAUUCAAAACGAUACAAAUACAAUUUUAUUAUGAAAUUGUGCGUUUACAUAUACUUAAAUUA